GCAGUACUCGGCGCUUUGAGCCUUGAGGAGGGAACAUGGAGACAGUUGCAGGUGAAGUCGAGUUGUAGACGAGGAAAUCAGCUGCUCGGCUCACAUGGGAGCCACGUAGCGGUGGUUGCAAUGCGGGAUGAGAAGUCCCUGUGUCCGCCAUGACUCUGAGAUCCACGCUGUUUCCAAAGACGGGAUCCAAGCGGAGCACCGACGCCAUCGACUUCGACAUUGCGCACUUCGGGGCCGCCACCGUGAGCCCGCUGAUCCUGCGGAGGGAGCCCUGCGACUUCGUCCUCCAUGUGAAAGACGUGCAGGGCGGUCACAUCCCGAGCAAGACACAGGUCCUAGACCAGAUUUACAUGACAAGCAAAGUUGCCCUCGCCGCCACAGUUGCAGAAGUAGUUCAGGGUGACAAUAAAACUGUGGGGGUGUUGUCCCCUGUCAGACCGAUGGGGGGUGAGGGAACCCCGGUGAAAGGUAAACCCCUCUCUGUGGACAACAUGGAUAACCCUCAGAUGGCUGUGAACAAUAACCCUAAGGAUGCUGGGGCCGAGGACAGCGGCAAGGGGGUCGUCCCCGGAGUCGUCGGCACCGCAUCCAUUGAACUCUCGUCUGAGGGCAAGUGGAGGAACAUCAGGAAGACUCCUGCUAAUCCCCACACGCAGGCCAACUGCCUCCGACAGAUCCUGCUCCUGCAGCUGGAUCUCAUUGAGCAGCAGCAGCAGCAGCUGCAGUCCAAGGACAAGGAGAUAGAUGAGCUGAAAGCCGACAAAGAGACCCUGCUCGCUCGCAUUGAGCGCAUGGAGCGUCGCCUGCAGCUCACGAGAAAGGACCCCCCGCGGGACAAGCGACUGUUCCAGCCCCUGGAGCCUUGGACCCCUGACAAAGAGGACAUGUGGGAUCUGGAUCCGGAGGAGAGUCCCCAGCCCAACCAAGCCAACCCACUCCCCUUUAGUCGGGGUGGCAAAGGUCAAAAGAGGAAGUCUUGUUUUGGAGAUGCAAAAGUCCAGAAAUGCCGGGGCAAGAGUGCAAAGCUCAGCCCCCACAAAGCUGAAAUGCAGCCUGGUUCUCCUAAUCAGAGAGAGCUGCGGAGUAAGGAAACCCCCGAGAAGAUGGGUCCCAUGAGAUCUGGGGCAGAAAGGGACAUGUUGCUUCCGUGCAAAGAGGAGCCUGAGCUGAACUGCGAGAUGGAAGACCUGCCCUUCAUGUCUACCACAGAGAUGUAUCUGUGUUGCUGGAACCAACCUCCUCUCUCUCCUCUGCGGGAGACUUCUCCUAAAAAGGAGGAAGAGGUGGCCAGUGAGUGGACUCCUCAUGUAGUUCAUGAUAUGCUGAUUGUUUGUAAGCCUAAUCUAUUCCCAUCUUUAAGCACUUUAUCCGUCAAAUGUACUGAGCACUCUAUCCACGGUGAUCCUCCUCUCCAUCCGUCUUCCUCCCACUCUCUAGUUCCAUCCUGGAGAGAAAACUGCAUCGAGCCUCUGGAGGAUGAAUCCUCCAACUCUGUGGAGCCGCUGGAUGACGGCGUGUUUUUGAAACGCCAUGCGAAGCUCGAGUUGGAUGAAAAGAGGAGGAAGAGAUGGGACAUCCAGCGAAUCAGAGAGCAGCGCAUGUUCCAGCGUCUGCAGCAGCGAAUGAACAGGAAGAAGAUCGUCCAGGAAACCGAGCCGGAGGUUUCAUCCUUCUAUCCCGACAUUGAAGACGUUGAAGCUAUAGUGAUCACUCCUUUCUUGCCCGUGGUUGCGUUUGGACGACCGUUGCCCAAACUCGCACAACAGAACUUCGAGCUGCCUUGGCUGGACGACCGGAGCCGCUGUCGCAUCGAGGUUCCCAAAAAACACACACCUCACCGGACCUGUCGGAAGUGAAACCCACGUGGGACAAACAGCAGAGAGAGAAAACGCUCACGCCCCCAGAUUAGAAAGUUCCACAUCUGUCCCCACCACACACCAGCUGAUGGGAGGAAGCUGCGUCAGCGCGUGUCCUUGAUAUGUUCCGUCUCAUCUCCACCUCUGAAAGAAGAACUCGGCCUCCGUGCAUGAUGCUGCAAGAUCGCAGCCCCCCCCGUGUCCUCAGCCGGGGAAGAUGAGAUUUCAGUUUCUGUCCUGUGUUCAACAGUUAUAUGCAUGUUCAGUAACAGAGGGACAGGAAUCGAUGGCGGCUCCAAGCUUCAACACGUCCAUUUCACGUUGCUCGUCAUUUUAAGCUGAAUAAUCAGAGCUUGAACUGUGGAUCAAGAGUGACUCAGCUUUUCUGCCGGCGCUGUGUCGUGCUGUGUAACGCCGUCAUUGUUCUCACACACCUCGAUUAAUAUCUUAUCAAUGUUCUGGUGUGAUAUCUGGACUUUGGAGCCACACUCCGCAUGACGUCAUGUUUAAAUCCUACGUGAGGAGGUGCAAGGUUUGAAAAUCAAGUCGCAGACAAGCGGACGGGUGGUAAAGCCGACAUGAAACCCAGUGAUCUGCUCCCUUCUUUAGUUUCUUAUUACCUUUUCUUUCUAUGUGGGUUGCAUGGCUCUGUUAUACAACAACGAUUGUAGCAUGGCUUAACCUCAGAAUGGAGAAGAAUCUGCUCACUCGGCUGUGGAGUCUACAAAGUACCGUUCUUUGAAAGCAUGAGUUUUCGGCUGCUCCGUUCAGCCGCAUCAAAAAAAGACGAUCUGAUUAAAAACGAAAGUACAGUUCUGAUCAUAAUCAUCUUACAUCCAGUUAUUAGCCGAGUUAGGUGUAUGCACUGGUGUCCUGAGGAUGCAGACAUCCAGAGGAGCCAUUUUAGAUGAUAGAUAAGCUUGCUAGCUGUAGUGAUAGCGAUGUUCACUAGUAUGCUCUCUCUCUAACAUGCUGCCAGUUAAUCUCUCCCACUCUGACGUCAUCAGUCACUGGUUCUACUGGUGUUUUCUUCCUCGCUGCGUUUUUGCUCGACCUGUUUUACAUUUUGAUGCAACGGCUUCUUGCAGCUUCAGUUCAUCCACCUGCCGGACGCUCGUGUCGGCAGACGUUUGAAACACAAACCUUUUCUUUUUCUGUACAUAGCUUUCAGAAAACAAAUGUACAUAAAACAUGGCUGUUAUUUUUUUAUUAUUUAAUGUCAGAAGUGUUGAGUACAUUCAAUAUUGUUCUAUGAUUGUAUGUUGACAAAUUGACAGUUUUGAAAGUUAAAUUGUUUUUGGAAUAAAAAUAACAUGUCUAUGA